ACGUCCCCUUUAAAAUGGCUGCGCCCAGAUGUAAACACGCGAUGGUUUGAUUCUCACAAUGACUAUAUCUUGGUAACGAAGAAAGAUGAGCUCUAAAUUGAAAGUUAAGGUUCUUUCUAGAAAUCCAGACGAAUACUUAAGAGAAACAAAACGUGAUAUUCACAAAAUUCAAAGAAACUAUGACCCAAGCCUUCAUCCAUUUGAAACAUCCCGUGAAUAUGUGCGUGCCUUGAACGUGACCAAGCUAGAACGAGUGUUCGCCAAGCCAUUUGUCGGUGCUCUUGAUGGCCACAAAGACGGUCUGAACACCCUCUGUAAACAUCCAACCAGUCUUAGCCAUCUGCUGUCAGGAUCCUGUGAUGGAGAGGUUCGUGUGUGGAACUUAGCACACAGACAGUGUGUGAGUUGUGUCCAGGCUCAUGAUGGCAUUGUACAAGGACUUGCCUUUCAUCCAAGUGGAAACCGUUUCAUAACUUGUGGCAGCGACAAAGUAAUCAAACAAUGGAGCUUAAGUGCGGAAGGGCAGGUAGAAAAAGAGCCUAAGACCACUAUCUUAGGGAAGACCGUGUUCCAGUCCAUCAGCCAUCACAAUGCCAAAAACAUGUUUGCCACCUGUGGAGAACAGGUCGAUAUCUGGGACUCUAGACGGACAGAGCCCCUUCGCAGCUUUACCUGGGGAGUAGCUAGCCAGCACUACGUCAAGUUCAACCCCAUAGAGAGAGAUAUAUUGGCCAGCUGUGCUUCAGACAGAAGCGUCAUCUUGUAUGACAUGAGAGGAUCGUCACCACUCAGGAAGGUGAUACUCAAGCUGAGCUCCAAUGCAAUCGCAUGGAACCCGAUGGAGGCUUUCGUCUUCACUGUGGCUAAUGAGGACUACAAUCUCUACACAUUUGACAUGAGGAAUCUGUCCGUACCCAUGAAUAUCCACAUGGAUCACGUUGCUGCUGUAAUGGACGUGGACUAUAGUCCUACAGGCAAGGAGUUUGUCAGCGGCAGUUAUGACAAAUGUCUUCGAAUCUUUCCUGUCAACAAAGGUCACAGCAGAGAGAUCUACCACACAAAAAGGAUGCAGAAAGUACGAACGGUACAGUGGACUUUGGAUAGUAAAUUUAUUCUGUCUGGCUCCGACGAAAUGAACAUUCGUAUCUGGAAGGCCCGGGCUCAGGAAAAACUGGGAGUGUUACGACCUCGUGAAAAAACGGCAUUGGAGUACGGUGAGAAGUUAAAAGAAAAGUUUGCAGACCAUCCCAUGGUGAAGAGAAUCACAAGACAUAGACACAUACCACACACAGUAUACCAGUCCUCCAAGGAACACAGAAUAAUGAAAGACUCGCAGAGACGCAAGGAGUCUAAUCGCCAAGCACACAGCAAACCUGGGGAGAGGCCAAACGUACCGGAACGCAAGAAACAAGUGCUUGGACAAAUUGAGUGAAGUGGGGAAGCUCAUUUGUUGGCCGCACUGCAGCAUCACCUCCUUCUACAUUUUCUUGACAACAGUGAAUUGAUAUCGGACGCUAUAGGAGAUGGCAGAUUAUUUUAAUUAAAAAAGAAAUUGAUACAAAUGUUUCUUUUAGAGUAAUAACGUGGCCAUGUAUCAGUAAGAGGCUUUUGAAGUUGGGUGUAGUUCCUCCGUUAUCUUCAAAGGACAGGUAUUGGCCAAGUCAUUGGUCAGGUUUUUGUAUCUGGACCAAUCAUAUUCCGUCUUUGCGUAUUGCAGAGUUAUCUUCUCUUGUGAGCAGGUAUUGAUUGUUACGUCAUUGGUUUGUGAUAGUAACGUCAUCAAUUUUUGAGAAAACGACGUAAUUUUCUCACACAAACCAAUGAUGUAACAAUCAAUACCUGCUCACAAGAGAAGAUAACUCUGCAAUACGCAAAGACAGAAUAGCUUUCUGUAAACUUGGGAAACUGUAAGUAAGAGUACCUAAUGCUUAUUACGCGGAGCUGGAUCGUCUGUGUAAAUUCGCCUACGUUUCAUUGAAAAGGAAAUCAACAUGUUUUGAAGGAAGUUGGCGAGAUUAAAGUCGAUCAAAUAUAAAUUGACAACCAUGUAUUGAUAUUGGAUGUAUGGGAGAGGGAAGAUUAUUUUCAUUGAAAAGGAAAUCAACAUCUUUUAAAGGAAGUUGGCAAAAUUAAAGUCAUUCAAAUUGUA